AUGAACUUCUCAUUUGAUACAUUAGAUACUAAUAAUAAACUAGGACAACCACAAAUACAACAACAACCACUACCUCCAGAUAUACUAGAUGUUUUACCUCAACAACACAAACAACCACCGCAAAAUUUAAAUUCAGGAGUUAAUAAUCAAAACGAUAUAAAUAAGAAAUUUACAUUUCAUAAUCCGUUUGAUUUUCAUUCAUAUCCUAUAACAAAUCCACCAAUUUUCGAUUCUACUACUAUGCUACCUUAUACAACUGAUGGUAUUCCUCGAAGAAGAAGAAUUUCAAUUUCAAAUGGUCAAAUUGGUCAAAUUGUAAAUCAUGAUGCUUUAUUUGAAAAAGAAGAUUUAGAUUCAAGUUUAGAUCAAGAUAUAAUACAAUAUAAAUUAAAUGAAUUUGAAUUCAAUAGUAAUAAUGAUAGUAAUAAUGAUCAUAAUAAUCAUAAUAAUCACAAUAUUCAUAAUCGACCACAGACAACUCCAUUUAUGGUUGAUUUUCAACCCCCCGUACAACAAAAUCAAAACCACCAAAAUCAACAACAAAUACCGCCUACCCCAAUUAUACAACAACAACAACAACAACAGCAGCAAAUACAACAACCUCAACCACAAACACUACCGCCUCAAGCUCCUCCUGAAAUACAUCAUUCUGAUGUCGCCGGUGUUCCUCCUCCAAAUCAUCAAUUAAUUUAUAAUAAUGAAGUUAUUUAUAAUCCUGAAAAUGGUCCUAUACCUGGUACUGCAGCUUGGAAGAAAGAAAGAUUACUAGAAAGAAAUAGAGUAGCUGCUUUUAAAUGUAGACAGCGUAAAAAACAAGCACAAAUGCAAUUACAAGAUUCUGUGAAUAAAUUAGAGACUGAGUUGAAGGAGAAGAAUGAAAAGUUGAAUAAAUUGGAAUUAUUGUUGAAUCAUUAUAAAUCAACUAUAAACUUGGCUUUGAAAAAUGGUGAUUAUAAGAAAUUGGAGGAGCUAGUGUAA